AUGAUGGGGCGUAGGUCCAAAUGGGGCUUCGGUCCCGGCUGCGGUCUCAGCGGCUGGUGCUGGCACGUUUCAAGCGGAAUUCGUACCGAGAGCUGUUGGCGAACAUCGCUUGAAUGUUCUUGUCGAUUCUCAACCGAUACCGGCCAGCCCGUUCCACCUGAAGAAAACAGGGGCAAACCGGUAGGAGGUUCUUCUGAUGUUAAGUGA